CCAUGACCAAGCCCAUCACCGUCUGGAUGACACCUCCCGGUCCUAAUCCCUGGAAGGUCGUCCUCAUCCUCGAAGAACUUCAAGUCCCCUACGAGAUCCAAUCCUUCAAGUUCGACGAUGUGAAAAACCCACCCUUCAUCAACAUCAACCCCAACGGCCGCGCCCCAGCAAUCGUCGACCCCAACACAAACCUGACUCUCUGGGAAUCCGGCGCCAUCAUCCAAUACUUGAUCGACGUCUACGACACCGACCACAAACUCAGCUUCCCCAGUCUCCCCGAGCGCCACCUCUGCAACCAAUACCUCCAUUUCCAGAUGAGCGGACAGGGCCCGUACUUCGGCCAGGCGGCGUGGUUCACCGUCCUCCACCCCGAAAAACUCCCCAGCGUGAUCGACCGCUACGUCACCGAAGUCCGCCGCAUCCUGGGGGUGCUGGACACGGUCCUCGCGGACAAAACCUGGCUCGUGGGGGACAAGCUGACGUUCGCGGACCUGACGUUCGUACCGUGGAACGGGCGGCUGAAUUACCUGCUCCCGGAGGCCGAGCAGGAUCUGGCGGCGUGGCCCAAUGUGCAGGCGUGGCAGCGGCGGAUGGAGGCGCGGCCGGCCUGGCGGACGUGCAUCGAGCGGCGGGAUCGCCUGAUGGAUGAGCAGGGGUUGCAGCCGAAUGGGAUGCCCAAGGGGGUGAGUAAUAUUCGAGAGUAUGAGGAGUUGAUUGCGCGGAAUGCAGAGGGGCGAAAGGAAUAG